CUCAGAACCAGGUGUGGAUGGUGAACAUCGAACCAUCAGAGUUCAAAAGGCCAAAGAGCUUUCUGUGUUUUCCGCUUCGCUGACGUUUUCCACAUGGAGAAAGGGAACCCAACGAUCUCAACGACAGUUGAGUUGAUAUCUUUGCUGGGCUCUCCAUGGACUGCAAAGGCCUUGUGGAUUCUGCAUCAUUGUGGCAUUCCAUUUCAUCGACGACCCUUUGAACCUAUGGUUGAUGAGGUAUGGCUUCGGUAUAAGUUGGGCUUAUGGCCAUGGCAUCGUCGUUUCUGGAGCCGGCUCACAGUUCCCAUUGCCAUCUUGAACACGCCCAACCAGCCAAGUCGUAUUUUGUUGGACUCUUUGGAUAUCGCAGAAUGGGCCAUGACUACAUCAACAUCUGAAUCUAAAUCAUCUGACAAAGCCGUGGACAUGUCGAAGCUUCGGCCUUGGAAUGCCUUGAGCGAUGUCCUCUUGGAGUUUGGACGAGCUGCUUUUGUGAAGGUGGCAACGACAGAUGUACAGGCGGCCAUCGAUGUAUUGGCUCCACCUUGGAUGAAGAAACUACCCACAUUCUUGGUCACCAUCAUCAUGAAGGUGGCAGUGAGAAUCUUUGCUUUCAAGUAUCGGAAUGAAAACCAACAGAGCAAAAGCAGUGUGGCUUUGGAAGCAGUCCAAAAGAUCCGAGGGGCCCUUCGAAGUGGCAAGGGCCAGUAUUUGGUUGGCGACCAGUUUUCAUAUGCUGACAUAGUGAUGGCCAUUGCUGUGAAUGGAUUGUCACCUUCUGAUGAGGUUUUCCAGUUUACAGUCCCGCGCAAGUAUGACUCAGAGGUCUCGGAUUUUCUGCAUGAUUUCGAAGACGUGAAAGAAUGGAAGAAUGCGGUGAUCAAGAAACAUAUGCCGCAGAUGUUGAGAAAGACAACUCCAUCUUGAUGAUCUUGAUGCAAAGACAUGCAAAGACAUGCAAAGGCUGAACAAGCAGCUUGUUGGACGGCAGUCAUGUCGCAAUGCCCCAGGACUUCUCAUGUGGCAGCCAUAUCGUGUGCACAGACCCUGGCUGCGCUUGUUUGAUUUGCGCAAAA